AUGGAUUCGCGGCCACGGAGAAGCCGCCUGGUGGCAGGCUGUCAACGAUGCCGUGUUCGUCAUUUGAAGUGCGAUGUUCAUGCAGAGACCUGUCGGCACUGUCAACGUGUUGGCGUCGAGUGCAACCGAUCAUCGAACAAUUGCGAUGCUAACUCUCCAACAGUUCGCUUUCAUGAUGAAACCUCUGAGAUCACAAGUCUAUACGUAGAAGUCACAGAGGGCCCUGAGUCUCAGUGGGUCCACGAAAGAGAGGCUCAUUCUCAGGGAAAUCCGCAUCAUGAAACAGUCAUUCAUACCCCUCAAGAACCUCAAAUUAGUCUGCAGCAUGUUGUCAACCUUCGAUCGCCCUCAGUACCCAAUACCGCGGCAGAAAACCCCUCUCCUGCGAGCCUAUCCAUUAUCUCGUCAUCCUCAUCUCGAACUAGAUCCAGCUAUACUACCCUUCAUACAUUCACCGAACGAGAGGCCAUUUUGAUCCGGAAUUUUGUUGAAAACAUGGCUCUUUGGGCCGAUAUCACCGACCCAAAGCGUCAUUUUGAAACAGAAGUGCCUGCAAGAGCACUCAAAGAUUCAGUUCUUCGCCAUGCGGUCUUGGCUUUCUCUUCGCGGCAUUUAAAUCGAAGAAAUACGGAAGAUGCACCGGAAGCACUGCAAUACCAUAAUCACUGCGUAAAACUACUGAUCCCUGCAAUGUCCGAGCCAGAACAACAUAUCACUGAGGAUAUUCUGGCCUCGGUGGCGAUCUUGCGACAACACGAAGAGAUGGACGGGGAGGAUAAUCAAUUCCAUCUGACUGGCACUACUCGCAUUCUCAAUACAGUCUCAAUAUUUGGCUCCUCCGGUGGCCUGGGCGAGGCUGCGGCUUGGUUAUGUUUGCGUCAGGAUAUCUAUGUGGCCCUAACGACUCAGCAACCACUGCGAACUGACUUACAAAACUUCCUGGAGUCCGAUGUUUUUGACAGAGAUGAUGACUUCGCGUGGUCCAGUAGGAUGGUCUUCCUACUGGCAAAGGCUCUGCAAGGCGUCUUUGCGAAGAAUUCGAAUUCAAAAUCCAUCGACGAGGAGGUUCAGAAAUGGUAUGCGAACAAGCCACAUACCUUUGAGCCAAUCCGGGUAGUUCCACGCGGGUCGGAAAUAGAACAUCGAUUCCCGGCCAUUUGGAUGUUGUUGCCUGUGCAUGGUGGAGUACCCUCUUGUCUAUUCUCUAUUACAUUACCUAGUACUGACAACGGUGCAGUUGUUGGCUUGCAAUACUAUCAUAUGACCAAGAUUGUCCUGGCACUUUCUCAAAGUUCCACCGCAUCUUCUACAUAUGAGACACUUCGACAAUCCCGAUUAAUUGAGGUGAGUUCUGGAUCUCAUCGCUUAAUCGCUGAAAACACGCUAUUCACUGCACGUCACAGUCUGGUAGCAUGGGGCUGGGCUUUAAGGAGUCGUGGAGAUCAAAAGGCAGCAGAAUCCCUAUUACGGGAUAUGCAUGAAAGAACAGGAUGGAACAUGGAUAUAUUAAUUAUGUCGCUGCUGCAGCAAUGGCGCGAUGAAAAUGAGCAUUGUUGA